AUGCGCAAAGGUUUGAUAUUGUUCCUGGUGUGCAACCUCCUCAUUAUUGGGUUUCUGGUGAAUUUUCUGUUCACCCUCAUCACUUUGCUGUUUGAGGACUGCUCAGCGGACGCCAUUCAUUCCGUCGAUAUUCCGGCUCCCAAUUCGCAGCUCAUCGAUUCACGACCCCAACUGAUCCCGAAAAUCAUUCACCAAACAUGGCAGAACGAGACCGUUCCCGAGAAAUGGCAGGGGGCUCAGCAGUCGUGUCUGGACCUGCACGGAGAUUACGAGUAUAAGGUUCGUCAGCCGUUAUUCUCGUCCUAGGGGUAAAAACUUUAAAUGUUGAGGGAAGGGUCUUGGCUGAAUCAAUUCGACGAUCGUGCAGCUCUGGACAAAUGAGAAAGCGAGGGACUUUGUAGCCAAGGAGUACCCGUGGUUCAUCGGAACCUACGAUAGCUAUCCUUACCCCAUCAUGCGCGCCGAUGCUAUUCGAUACUUCGUCUUGGCACAUUUUGGCGGCAUCUAUAUCGACCUGGACGAUGUAAGUUGGGUGAUGGAUGGGGGAGGGGUCACGUUACCCCUGCUGAUCAUUUUCACUAGGGCUGCAACCGGCGACUAGAUCCAUUACUCUCGUACCGCGCUUGGGUCCGAAAGACCAUUCCUACCGGCAUUUCUAACGAUGCCAUGGGAGCCGUUCCACAACAUCCGUUUUUCCUGCGUGUUAUCGAAAGUCUUCAAACCUAUAAUCGUAAUUGGCAUGUCCCCUACAUUACUGUGAUGUAUGGUACCGGCCCGCUGUUUCUCAGCGUUAUCUGGAAGGAGUACAUCCGUUGGGGAACGACCGAGGAGGGAAGAGUCAGAGUUCUCAUGCCGGAAGAGUAGACUAACCCCUCACCGCUCGGGCUUGCCGGCCGGCUAAUUGUGAGCCACAGAUACAACAAGAAUCCUUGGAGUUUUUUCGCGGUAUACAAGGGCUCUUCGUGGCAUUCCAGCGACGCCAAAACCAUCUUUUGGAUGGGUCAGCACUGGCUAUUCCUGACUGUCUCCGGCUUUUCUCUUGCCAUCACGCUGUACGUUACGGGGUUUUGGAUUUACAAGAGACUCCAUCUUCGCAACGCAAACUAUACCGAGCAGCCGUCACCUUGGUGGUGGUGGCCGCGCCGGGAGGCCGCAGUCGGAGCUGGUUUCAAGAGACUGCCAAAGCACGAGGUAUAG